AUGGAGACGCCAGUAACUGCUGAGCCAGCUUCUCCAGCAGCUGCAACCCUUCCUACUCCAGCUCAAUCUCCCAAGUCAAAUCAUGCUCCCCCAGAGAAGUAUGACUUCAACGACCUAGUUGACGCAUUAGAAAAGGGUGAUGACUGCAAUCUUGCUAGUGCGGAGCAAGACGUCCCAAGCUCCUCAACCAACUCGACUAUUCUUGCUGAGAGUAUGGGGGAAGAAUCCAUAUUAGUAGAGGACAACUCUACGGAAAUCGAUGGAAAAUCCCCUUAUGUUCGCGAGAAUGAAGUGGAUGGCACAGAUGACGAUUUACCAUCACUGGAAAUGCUUUUUGAUAACGAGACUGCCAAUCUGAUCAAACUCAUGGGGCACGAGGGCCUUCAUUGUGACGAAGCUGAUGAACACGAUGAUGAUGAUUCCGAUUACAAAAACGAUGGCGGUGAUUCUGAUGAUGAGAGUGACAAGGAACAUUUGAGUGCUGGGGAUGACAAUGAUUCCAUUCAGAAGAAAAGGAGUAGAAAGCCGCGACAAAAACCCGCUGCGAAUGUUCGGGAAUAUGUUGCUCGAUUACACGCAAAGGAAGACGAACAAUUUGCCAAGAAAAUGGAGCGAGAAGAAUGCAGAAAGCCUGGUGCAAAACCUCUACGUAAGCGCAAGGCAACGGAAGGCGAUACAGAGUCUUGCAAAGCCCUGAAGACGGCAAAUGGCCAUCGAAUUUUGCUGCCUGGCGACGACUGCUCACCGAGUUCUGACGACAGCCCACUGCUCCCCAUUGAAUCUAUCAAAGCAACGACUCACGCCGAGCAAUUUGCUCAAAUCAUGGCCAGUAUACCGGAAAACUGUGACACGAGGCGCAAAGGCACACAAAAAAGAGAUCUGAAAGAAGCCGCGCAAAUAUUUGGCUAUAGAAAGGUUGAAGCUCACAAUGGCGACUGGAAAUUGAAAGGUAUGGCGACGGCUAUGCGGAAUCACCAGAUUACGGCCGUGGCUUGGAUGAUGAAGAGAGAGCUGGCUCGGUCGGAACCACAUGGUGGAAUUUUGGCCGAUGCCAUGGGUAUGGGCAAGACAGUCAUGAGCCUUGCCUGCAUGAUUGGGAAUCCACCAGAUGAUGAAGACUGCGAAAAGUUUUGCAAUGCCACUUUGGUUGUUGUGCCCAACAAGACAAUUGCUCAGCAGUGGGAGAACGAAACACGGAAACACUGCUUGCGACCGUACAAGCACAUGGUUUUCAUAUAUGACCCACGCCGAGAAGAUUUGCGGGAGGUUUGCAGGGAAAACUUCAUUGUCAUUGCCACAUACAAAGAGGUGUUUUCUCAGUACCCAAGCGAUGAUGUCCUUCGGAAACUUCUUGAGAAGUAUGACAGCGACGAUGAUGAUUUUAGGAUCGCGCUGGACAAGAUUUUGGGCACCUUGUUCCGUAUCAACUGGUACAGGAUCAUCCUUGAUGAAGCACAUGCUAUCAAGAAUGCCGAAAGUCGUACUUCCAAAGCGUGUUGUGCGCUUGUCGGAAAAUAUCGCUGGGCCUUAUCGGGUACGCCUCUGGCCAACAGCUCCCAGGAGAUGUACCCUUACAUGAAGUUUCUGAAAUGUGAAUGGACAAUGAGUCGCAAAGAAUUUCGCUCGAUGUUCUUUGGAGCAGAGGAUGAACCCAACCCCCAGUUUGUGGCAUUGAUCAGCCUCAUGUUGUAUCGGCGGACCGUCGACGAUGAAUUUCUAGGGCGGCAAAUCGUCUCUCUUCCAGAGAGAAAAGAAGUUGAUAUUUGGGUUGCUCUGUCGAAAGAAGAACAAGCCGUUGUCGAUGCCGUGUGCAAAUAUUAUAGGCUCAAACAAGAGCGUAAGGACCUGUCAAAACUUGGAUUGGAACUGGACGAAGUUGGACCUGAAAAGCGCGGUCCAGGAGAACGACAACGGCGAAAAAAUGGCAAUAAAAAGCUCAAAUCUAAAAAGUCUUCAGCUCACGGACUAGCAUGGAUUUUGGAACGCGCCAGCCAAGUGAGACAGCGCCAAACCAUAUCUCAUAUCUAUUGCAUUGAGCGUCUUCUCCGCAAUGAGUUCCACCUCAAAGAGCUUGUCGAGUUGAGAGCCGCUCUAGAGGAAAUCAGCGCCAAAGAAACCAUCUUGAAACAACUACAGCUUGGCGUCGAAGAAAAUACUGGUAUCAGAAAAUACCAAAAAGGAUUGCAGAUAAUGCAAGAGCGAGAAGAGAAUUUCUUCGGUAAAUAUCUCGACAUGCGGCCGAUCUUGGACAUCUUGGGAGAAGAGGCGAGCGUGAAGGGUGUCGCCUGUCCUCUCUGCGGAAAGGCACCGGUUGAGCCGGUAUUCUCUAGUCGAAUGUGCUUCCAUGAAGGCUGUGACAAAAAUCUGGGGGUAGGCAAUGAUAUCGAAACCAUUCAAAAGAUUGUGGGAAAGGCCGAAGCGGAUGGCAGCACAUAUCGUGAGCCUGGAAGAGACAGCAUGAAUGCCGCCGUUCACCAAGAUGACGACCGAAACGGCUUCUUCAUUGUCAGCACGUUUCUUGACGAAGUUCCCAUCCUUCCCAGCACAAAGCUGACCGCGGCCAUGGCUGUUUUGCUAACAUGGAGGGAUGAGGCACCAGACGACAAAGUUCUCAUUUUCACUCAGUUUACUGGGACGGCAAAGAUGCUGGGAUUCAUGCUUCAGACCCUGAAUAUUGGAUUCAGGUACUACUACGGCGGACUUGCGCAAACGCAGAAGACUCAAGCACUGAAGGCCCUAAGAGAAGAUGAUGGAAUACAGGUUUUGGUUGCAACUUUGAAGAGCGGCAAUCAAUCUCUUAAUCUCACAGUGGCGAACCGAGUAAUUAUCAUCGAUCAGUGGUGGAACAAGACAGCAGAACAACAAGCCUUUGGUCGCGUUGUUCGAAUUGGUCAACAAAAAGUCACCCACCUGGUGAAUAUCAAGACCAAGGAACCCAUUGAUGAUCACAUCUACAGUCUCCAGAGGAAGAAGGCCAAGGAUAUCGACCGUACUUUGCAAGAUGACGGCAAACCGCAGCCUAAAAUGAACGACCUCGAGCUGCGCAAGGCUUUUCACCGCAAAAAUGCGGCGAAGGAGGAGGAGGAGAGGAUUAAAAAAGCCAAGGCGGCUAAGAAGAACGCGGCGAAAGCUUCGUCUAAGAAAAAAAAUUGA